AUGGAAAUAUCUGAAACGAUAAAAUUUCGUGACAUCUGUUCCCUGCUAAAUCGUGUUUCCAAGACAAAUAAUAAAGAUAAAAAAUGUCGAAUUAUAAAGCAGUACUAUGCAUCGUUUUGUAAACAUCGUGAACGAUUUCGUGAGGAACAGAAGAUGAAACCAGAUAUGCCGGAGGAUGGACGCAGUAGUUUCUAUUGCAUUCUGCGCUGCCUUAUACCGAAAUCAGAUAAUGCCCGCGAACCGUAUGGCCUGCAAGUGCCUACACUGGGAAGAGUUUAUAUUAAAGUUCUACAAUUGAGUUCGCAAUCAAAAGAAGCUGAAUUAUUGGAAGCUCGAAAUUUUUGUAGCAUUCGUGGAGACUACGCGGAGAGAGUUUAUAGAAUUUUAAAACCAAGAUGUUCAAAUAGUCCCAGUGAUUUGACGCUAAAAGAAGUGCAUGAUAUGCUGGAUAGUGUGGCAAGUGAAAAUUUAUUGAAUACAGAAAAUGUCUUGACAAAACUUUCACAAGUAGCCUCAGCCGAAGAACAAAUGUGGUUUGUUCGCUUGCUACUCAAAUCCAUGCAGUUGUCAAUUGCCGAGCAACGUAUUUUUGAUCUUCUACACGAGCAAGCUAAAGCCAUGUAUCAAGCUUGUGCAAAUCUAUCAAAAUUAUGUUGUCAUUUGGCUGACAAUAAAUUCACAUUAGUUAAUGGGAAUUUACCACAAUUGGGAAAUGGUCCGGCGCCAUUGGUUGUAGAUAUAACACCAUUUGAACACAUACGACCCCAAUUGUGUGAGGUGUUUCCCGGUAAUAUGGAACAAAUUAUGGCAUCCGACGUCCUUUAUAUGGAAACAAAAAUGGAUGGUGAACGUUUUCAGUUGCAUUAUAAAGAUGGUCUCUUUAAAUAUAUUUCACGUAAUGGUAUCGAUUAUACAAAUAGUUUUGGUUCCAGCUAUGAUGAUGAGAAUAAACUGACAAUGAAACUAAAACAUUUGCUGCCAAUCGAUAUGCAAUCGAUCAUCUUGGAUGGUGAAAUGAUGAUAUGGGAUAGAUUAAAUCAAAAAUAUCGUGAAAAGGGUGAAAAUACCGAUGUAAAACAUUUAAAAGAAGAUCGCAAUUGGCAGCCCUGCUUUGUGGUGUAUGAUUUGUUAUAUUGGAAUGGACAGAAUCUGUUGGGUAUACCAUAUAUCCAGCGUAUGUAUAAAUUGCGUAAUUUGCUAAGGGAACAGGAAGGUGUAUUGCAGCUGAUGAAAAGUGAAAAAAUUCUAAGUGUUGAAGAUUUUCGUGCGAAAUUUCAACAAGCCUUGGAUCAACAUGCUGAAGGUGUGGUCUUGAAGAAACAGAAUGCAGUAUAUCGUCCGGGGUGUCGUAAUGGAGGCGGGUGGUAUAAGGUGAAAGCGGAUUACAUUGAUGGUUUGACAACUGAAUUCGAUCUGCUGGUAAUUGGAGGCUUCUACAAUCGUUCCCGAACCUUUGUUGAGUCAUUUCUGGUGGGAGUACUAAAAUACAUUUCCCAUCAACAAUUCGAAGUAUAUUCGGUGGGCAAAGUUAGCAACUGCACGCAACAACGUGUUCUACUCAAUAAUACCCUGAAGAGCCAUUGGCAUUUGUUGUCACAGGAACAACCACCAAUAUGGUAUCAUUAUCGUCACACAAGUGCUGAGGGCCGGCCAGAUGUUUGGAUUGAACCGAGAAAUUCGGUAAUUCUACAAAUUAAGGCUACCGAUUUAAAUCCAUCCGGAGCCUUUGCCCUGAAUAUGUGCUUGCAUUUUCCUCGCAUUCAAAUGUGGCGUAAUGAUAAGGCAUGGCAUGAAUGUCUUUCUCUCGAAGAGUAUCAACAGCUAAAAUCAAAUUCCAAUGGUGGAGGUGGUAUAAAGAAAAUUGUUAAGAGAAAUGUUAGCCUGGAAGAUUUUAUUGGUAAUCAAAGUAAGAGGAGAAAGAUGACACCAGCAGAGAAAAGGAAAUUGGGUUUGCUGACCUAUGAGAAGCAGUUUGAUCCGAGUAAUGUUGAAAGAACUUCACAGUUAUUCGAAGGCUUCAGUGUUUGCAUAUUAAGUGCCGCCCUGAACAGACGUUACACCGCACAAUACCUCAAAUCGUUGGUAGUUCAAAAUGGUGGCACAAUUGUGGAAAAUCCUUUACCCAAUAAUCCCAGUUGCAUUGUUGUGGCCGGUGAUAUUUCGAUACGUGUCCAAGCCCUCUGUAAAUCACAAAAAUAUGACAUAGUCAGCAUGGAUUGGUUGUUGCGGGCAUGUGAAAAACAACGCAUAAAGAUUACACCAUUAGAUUUUAUUUGUACCACCGCCGAAGUUAAAGAGAAAUUUGCCGAAGUGUUCGAUAAAUAUGGUGAUCACUAUACGGAAUUUGUUCGAUCAAAACAUUUGAAGCGUAUAUGUGAUGCCAUGAUUGUCGAUGAUGUACCUGAUUUAGAUGACGAAGCUUUAAAUGAGCUGGAGAAUUUAAUAUACCCGUUGAAGAACUUUAAUUUCUUUCGUAAUAAAAAUGCCUAUUUUUAUAGUAUAGAGCCAGAUUCCAUACAUGCCCGAUUGAAUUUUCAAUGGCAUGGUGGUAAUGUUAUUGAUGAUCGUAAUUUAGAAGAAGCCGAAUUGAAUCCUGAUGAAAUUUUAUCGAAAAUAUCUUAUAUAUUUAUAAAUCUUUUACAAUUUGAUAAAGGAGAAUUUUUGCCAUGGUUACAUGAAAGAUUUAGUGCCCAGCAUUUGAGCCAUAUACAAAUUGUUAGCAUUCGUUGGAUUUUAGAUUCGCACAAGGCAAGAAUGUUGCAAGAUAUUAAGGAAUAUACAUGGCAUGAUUUUGAUUAAUUU